UUGUCAUGGAUUCAGAAGUGCAAGUGCGUAAAAUGGAGGUGGAUUAUUCUGGAACAGUUGAAAAACUGAUACCAGAAGCUAUUGCACAGGCUAAAGAGGGAGAUAUUAACGGAUCAAUUGAAAAAUUGAUCGCCAUGGAAAAACAGACCCGUCUUGCUUGUGAUGUUUUCAGCACAGAAAAGAUUUUGGUAACAAUUGUAAGGAUAUUGUAUGAUGCCCAACAAUUCGACAGUCUUUGUGAGCAAGUAGUUGCUCUCUCAAAAAAGCGAAGUCAACUCAGGCAAGCCGUUACAAAGAUGGUACAGGAGGGUUGCAAGUUCGUUGAAGAGCUUGCUGAUGAAACCAUCAAAUUUAAGCUAAUCGAGACUUUAAGAAGCGUUUGCGAGGGAAAAAUUUACGUUGAAAAUGAGCGAGCGCGACUUACCAAAAUUUUAGCUGACCACAAAGAAUCUCAUGGACAACUGGAGGAAGCUGUCAAAUUGAUGAUUGAACUCCAAGUUGAAACAUACAACACGAUGGACAGACGCGAGAAAGUCAACUUCAUUCUUGAACAGAUGAGAUUUUGUUUGGAUAAUAAUGACUUCAUCCGUGCCCAAAUAAUCAGCAAAAAAGUGUCAACUCGUUAUUUUGAAGAUGAAGAAACUCAUGACCUGAAGCUUCGCUUUUAUCGGCUAAUGAUAAGACUGGACAAACAUGAAGGCUCACAUCUGGACAUUUGCAAACACUUCCACGCUGUAUAUGAAACACCGAUGAUAAAAGCGAACGAAUCAGACAAAUUCAUGGCACUCAAGUCAGUCGUGCUAUUCAUUUGUCUGGCAGAGUAUGGAAACGAACAGGCCGAUUUCAUGAACAGAGUUUCCCUCGACAAAAACCUAAAAGAGGAGCCCAUGAAAAUGUAUCACAACUUGCUCAAGCUGUUUUUGACCUCAGAAAUUAUUUCCUGGUCUGCCCUGGAGGCAAACUAUGGUAAUGAGCUCAGGGCUGGAUCGAAGUCGAACCCUCCGCCGGAAGUUUUCACGGGGGAAGAAGGCGAGAAAGCCUGGAAGUGCCUUAAGGAAAGAGUAGUUGAACACAAUAUUAGAGUGAUGACUGAGUAUUAUACCAGAGUUAAACUGGAAAGAAUGUCCAUUCUUCUGGAUUUACCGCCAGAGGAGGUGGAAAUCUGCAUAUCAAAGCUGGUGUUCAAAGAAAUGAUAUACGCCAGAAUUGAUGGACUGACGAACAUAGUGAGUUUCAAGAAACCGAGAGACGCGGCAAAAGUUCUGGACGACUGGGCUGUGUCCAUUAAUGGCCUAAUGAACCUGAUGAGCCAUACAUCCCACUUGAUUGACAAGGAAUUCAUGGUCCAUAAAUACGCAAAUGCGAAAGGCGUAGCAGCUCGGUAGUAUAAUGACGUCAUUGUCGUUAUCAGUAGUUGGGGUGUAGUUUUGAAGGAUUCAUUUUUUCCAUCAGUGAUUGAGUUAUUCCGGUUAAUUUGUUUUAAUUUGUAAACGCAUGUUACCUUGAUGCCGAUAUUGAUAGGAAUGUAACAUGACAUGUACUUAAUUGAAUUUAACACCAAGAGA